UCAUUUAAAAUGGCAAAGAUGGCAGCCUCCAUGCUGGAGCAUGGGGAAGAUGCCUUUAGGAAGUUGUUUAAGUUUUACAAGCGUAGAAAUCCACCGCCUGAUUUCAGCGAAGUGAUCGACUUUUCAAAAGGUUUAAAGCAUGAAAAGGUGUUUAGAACUGAACUGAGCUCAACAGCCGUCGGUGAGAAUGAAGCUCAUAAGGCCGGCCUUCAGCCAGUCAGAGAGUGGAAGGCAUUUGGUCUGAAGGGAUAUCCAGGGUUCAUCUUCAUUUCAAACCCGUUCCUCCCUGGUUCACAGCAGUACUGGGUGAAGCAGUGCCUGAAGGUGUACCCACAAAAACCUAAUGUGUGCAACCUGGACAUGCACAUGACCGCAGCAGAGACGGAAAACAUCUGGGAGAAGAGCUCACAGCUCCUGAGGAGCAAAGGCUCAGGGAAAAGGGAACCCAAAACCCUGCUGGAGAAGCUGCGAUGGGUUACUUUAGGUUACCACUAUAACUGGGACACCAAGACAUAUUCCGCAGAGCACCACACCCCCUUCCCUGCAGAUCUGCACUCUGUGUCCAAACAUGUAGCUGCCGCCUGUGGGUUUCCCAGUUUCACUGCAGAGGCGGGGAUUCUCAACUACUAUCACUCUGAUUCGUCGCUCGGAAUCCAUGUAGAUGAAUCAGAGCUGGACCACACCCAGCCCCUCUUGUCGUUCAGUUUUGGACAGUCUGCGGUCUUCCUGCUCGGCGGCACCAAAAGGGAGGACCCUGCUACCGCCAUGUUCAUGCACAGCGGUGACAUCAUGGUGAUGUCGGGCCACAGCCGCCUGCUCUACCACGCCGUGCCCCGGAUCGUGCCCCGGAUCGUGCCCACCCCGGCAGCCACCCCGCUGCCCCCCUGCCUGCUCCAGGGCCCCGAGUGGAGUGCCCCGGAGGACUCGCUGGUGCGCAGGGUGAAGGAGGAGGACUGGGAGGUGUGCGCCAGGUACAUGCAGACAUCCCGGGUCAACAUGACAGUCAGGCAGGUCCUGGGUCUGGGACAGGCCUUUCCCUCUGAAGAGACCCGCACACAGACUCUGUCCACAUUCAGCAAGGACUCUGCAGAGGGAGGAGAGAACAUCAAUACCAAAAAGAGAAAGAAUACCUCAGAUGGUUACGGGGAGUCAUGA